AUGGAGAUCUGGUUUUGGAUUCUUGGCUGGGUUCUUUCGUUUCUUGCCAUCACUGGAAAUGGAUUUACAAUCUUCCUCGUCUGCAGAAGACGAAAUCUCCGCACCAAAACAAACGCGUUUAUUGUAUCACUUGCAGUAGCGGAUUUCUGUGUUGGUUUGGGCGUUAUUCCUUCUCUGUUCGCAUGUGACGUUACAAACACCUGCUACUGGCCUCAGCUUUGGUUAUCUUGGGUGAAAUUCAUACGGUUGCUGUUUAGUAGCACGUCUGCUGUAAACUUAUGCGGCUUGGUACUGGAUCGUUUUGUUGCCAUCGUUCAUCCUCUCAAAUACAUUACUUUUAUGACUCGCCGUCGAAUUAUCCGAAUUAUUUUCUUCUCUUGGGUCUUAACAGUCAGCUAUAAUAUCCUUCAGUUUCUAAUUUUGAUUAUUUGCAAAACAUCUAUUCUCAUUUUCUUUGGGUUACAUCUAAUUUUCUUCGAAUUCCUUCCCUGUAUUUUAUUAAUAUCCUGCUUUGUAUCAAUGAUAUUUCACGUACGCAAGCAUAAUAAGUCAGAACGCACCUUAGCAAAACAGUUACGUUCUAACCAUUGGAUAUCUUUUAAAACCCAUCAGAAGAAGUCGGCAGUAACAAUGAUGGGCCUUGUGAUAGGAGUGUUUCUUGUGUGCUACGGAAUACAUUUACGUUGUAGUAUA